AUGUUUGCGUUAGUUCGGCUUGGUAAAUCGGGUCUGAAAGUCUCGAAGAUCAUCCUGGGCUGCAUGUCAUAUGGAGAUCCCGGUUGGCAAGAAUGGCUGCUCGACGAGCAAGAAGCCAUAAAGCACAUCAAAUAUGCAUAUGAUUCAGGCAUCCAGACCUUCGAUACUGCCAACGUAUAUUCGAAUGGGCUGUCUGAAAUCAUCCUUGGGCGUGCGAUCAAGCAGUUAGACUUGCCCCGAGACGAGAUUGUCGUCAUGACAAAGUUGUAUGGCGCCGUCGGCAAGACCUAUGGAGAGUACCUGACUACGAUCCCGGAUCUUGACGCGGUUGGAUACGUUAACCAGCACGGUCUGAGUCGCAAGCACAUCUUCGACUCGGUCAAGCAUUCUCUCGAGCGUCUGCAGCUGGACUAUGUUGAUCUCCUGCAAUGUCACCGGUUCGAUUACGACACUCCGAUAGAGGAAACGAUGCAAGCCCUGCAUGACGUCGUGAAGGCAGGAUAUGUCCGAUACGUGGGCAUGAGUUCCUGUCACGCUUGGCAAUUCAACGUCAUGCAGAAUUUUGCGAUCAAUAACAACCUCACACCUUUCGUCUCAAUGCAGAACCAUCAUAAUCUUCUCUACCGAGAGGAAGAGCGGGAGAUGUUCCCAACUUGCCAGCAUUUCGGGGUUGGCAUCAUUCCCUGGAGUCCUCUGGCGCGUGGCUAUAUUACCCGGCCCUUGUCCGCGAAGACCAAGCGCGCCGAGAAAGAUCCCUGGCAAAGCGCGUAUUCUGGCUACGGGACGGAUGCGAUCGUGACACACGUCGAGGAAAUCGCGAAGAAGCGGGGAGUCUCCAUGGCACAGAUCGCCGUGGCUUACAGUAUGCAGAAGGACGGUAUUACCGCACCUAUUGUUGGCACAACGAGCCUCGACAACCUCAAGGACCUGAUCGCCGCGGUGGAGAUCAAGCUUACGGACGAGGAGAUGAAGUACCUCGAGGAGCCGUACACUCCUCGUCCGGUGUUCGGGCACCGGUGAACGUGAUCUCGAUACAUGGAUGUAGCGAACUGUGUGACGCGAAGCACGAAGCGAGGCGAAAAGACCCUCCUCUCCGAAUGGUGCUUGUGUACGCGAGGGUUUCCAUCGUUCAGAUAUGACCCAGAAUCGGUGCAUUUGUAUAGCUCUAUACGCUUGCGAACAGAAUACGAUGAAGCGAUGAGGGCCAUUUGAAC